AGCCAAUCAACGUCAACCACUUAGAUUGACUUUUUGUCGUGUCCUAUACAAUAUAUGUUCAGAAGUAAACCAUGAGAACGAGGAAGGACGAAGAACACCAGAAGAACGAGAUCUACACUUUUAUCUUUUCCAUUAAAUUUUAUUCGAAAGAUGGGAAUUGAAAAUCAAGAAGAAAACCCCACAUAUACUGUGGAUGAAGCCCUUGUGAAAAUGGGAUUCGGUAAAUUCCAAGCUUGUGUGCUUGCUUAUGCUGGCAUGGGAAUGAUUUCGGAGGCAAUGGAAAUGAUGCUCCUAUCUUUUGUAGGACCAGCAGUUCAGUCCUUAUGGUAUCUUUCUCCUAAGCAAGAGAGUCUUAUAACUAGUGUUGUUUUUGCUGGAAUGCUAGUUGGGGCCUAUUCAUGGGGCAUCAUGUCAGACAAUUAUGGAAGAAGGAAAGGAUUCCUCGUUACGGCAGUGGUAACUUCUGCAGCUGGUUUUCUGAGUGCUUUUGCCCCAAAUUAUUAUUUCUUGAUCAUCUUUCGUUGUUUGGUUGGUCUUGGUUUGGGAGGCGGCCCUGUGCUCUCAUCUUGGUUUCUAGAGUUUAUUCCCGCUCCGAGCAGAGGUGUUUGGAUGGUUAUUUUUUCAGCUUUCUGGAGUGUUGGGACAAUCUUGGAGGCAGCACUUGCAUGGCUUAUUAUGCCAAGAAAAGGUUGGAGGUGGCUACUUGCACUCUCGUCUCUGCCUUCUUUGCUUCUCCUUAUAUUCUAUAGGGUGACUCCUGAAUCACCGAGGUAUUUAUGCUUGAAAGGUAGAACAGCUGAGGCACGCCAUAUUUUGGAGAAAAUAGCAAUAUUUAAUGGCACACCGCUUCCUUCUGGAGAUCUUGUUUCUGAUCAGGAACGUGAGCUAGAGACUUUGAGUUUGAUUACAAGAAGUCUUGAUGAAGACAAUGAAACUCCGGAGGGAACGGAAGAAGAGGAAGAUUCAACUUCUAAGGCUCUGGAAACAGAAAAUGAACAUUCAACUCCUGAGUGGAAAGAUUCUAACAUUGCUGGCAUCUCUGCACUGUUAAUGCUUCUUUCUCCAGAAUUAAUCAGAUCAACCUUGCUCUUAUGGGUAGUAUUCUUUGGCAAUGCAUUUUUAUAUUAUGGGCUUGUGUUGCUGACCACUGAGUUGAACAAUGGACACAACAAUUGUGCAGAAAAACUGCAAUCUGAAAAAUCUCAGGAUAUUGACUACAAAGAUGUUUUCAUCACCAGUUUUGCAGAGUUUCCUGGGCUCCUAUUGUCAGCUGCCAUAGUAGAUAAACUUGGUCGUAAGCUUUCAAUGUCAGCUUUGUUCUUCUGCUGUUGCACAUUUCUGUUACCUUUGCUGUUCCAGCAGUCUGCGGGUUUAACAACAGGUCUUCUCUUUGGAGCUCGAAUAUGCAUAUCAGGAACCUUCACAAUUGUCUAUAUAUAUGCACCAGAGAUAUACCCUACCUCAGUAAGAACAACUGGUGUUGGUGUUGCUAGCUCGAUAGGAAGAAUCGGUGGGAUGGCAUGUCCCCUUGUGGCAGUAGCUCUAGUUCAUGGAUGCCAUCAAACUGCAGCCAUAGUUUUGUUUGAGAUUGUUAUUUUUCUGUCAGGGAUUGCUACAUUGCUUUUCCCUCUUGAAACCAAAGGCCGUGACUUGACUGAAAGUGUAGCUAGUGCAAAACUGAUCAUGCAUUAGAUUGAAUAGACCAUAGCAAUUGGGGCUUGUCCCAUUUCUUUGUUCAGUUUUUUCGUAAUAUACAGCUCUGCUCUUCUUCGGUGAUGCCUGAGGAAUCCUUGCGGAACUGAAGAGUAGGUUAGACAAAGUUGAAGAAUGGAUGAAGGUGAUGGAAAACCACUUUUUUAGUGAGGUGAACAUGCCAAAAUCAGAGGGAAGCCUGAAGAAAGACAUGGCAUAAAUUGAUGUCAUGCCAUUGCACAAACUUCUUAAUGUCUGAGAACUUCGAACGUCACACGUUCAAUGAAUUGUACCAUUUAUAGGGAUGGGAAAUGAAGAUAAAGUAACUGUACUGGUAUGCCCCUUUUUUGUUGUAUUCAAUUACACGAGUUAUGCCAAUAUUUAACUAGCUAGUUACACACUAGGUGUUACACCAUAGUCACAUUUGUUGAUUUUAUUAUUUGUUUAUUAUGAAUAAAUACAAUCUGUCUGCGCA